AUGACUGCCUCUCGCCGUUGCGGAGAUCCGCUCCCUUCACCUGCGUCUGCGGGUGGGCCUCAGGGUGAGAAGCAUGGAGAGCAGGAGCCUGAGGCCCGGAGGGCGGACGGCUGUUUGGCCUCUCUCCAGGCGCAGCUCUCGCAGGGGCUCAAUCUCCACACACUUCUAAACGACCCGCUGCUAGUUGUUCUUCUUCUCUCCUUCCUCCCCUCCAGCGCAGACGUGCGGGCGCUUCUCGUCGCCGCGCUGCCGCCGCCUCUCUCGCCCGGUACUCUCCACGAUGCAUCCUCUCCAGCCUCGUGCCUCGCCCUGACGGACCGGCCUCCGUCGCCGGGGCUGGACUCCUCCCUCUCUUUCGAUUGCCGUCUCACAGACAGUCAGUUCUCUUCGGGCUCAAUUACGCCGGCAGGCGGCCGAGUGGGCUACGCGUCUCUCCUCGAGUUUGAGAGCGAGGCAGCCGAGUGCACCGAUUUUCUGUCGGCCUCGCCCCUCCACUCACUCGCCAGCAGCUCUACGCGGCAGUUCGCGGGCGGUGCAGCGCGCCGCGAAGGCCGCACAUUCGCGUACUCGCGGCACUUGUUACGAGCGGAGGAGAGCUGUGCGUCCGCUGCGUCUGCGUUUCCUCCGCCUGCGCUGCCGGCGCCUCUCAGGCUCCCAGCCGCCAUUGUGGCGUGUUUCUAUCACAGCCUCUGCUUUCGGAGAGGCGACUUGCUUGAUGCAGCGGCGGGGCGUCCUCUCUUCUCGCCUCAGAAGGCGUUUCUUUGUCAGCUUGAAGGCUCGCCUGCUCCUCGCGAGAGCGGUGAGGCCGCCUCUAGCGCGCAGGCGCUGCUUUUCGAGACUCGCGGCGCGGCCGCGAGCGCAGAGUACUGGAGGAACAUAUACUUCACGCUCAUCCACGGCUCGCGGUGCGACGACUGUGGCGCGGAACUCGAGCCCGAAGAGAAGACGAAGGCGUCUCAGGGGAGCGGCAGCUCGCAACCGAGCGAAGCCCGGAGCUUCGACAGAGCAGCCGCGGCGGAGGCCUCUGCCCUCCUCCCUUCCUCCUCUGUCGCCCUGCCUGCAGGGGUCGUCCGCAGCCCCGCCGCUCCUCCGACCGCGCGCGCGUCGUCGUCGCCCGCGCCGCCUCCGCCCAUGGCGUCUCUUCUUCCGCGUGCGAGGACGCCGUUCGCGCCUUGCUCGGCUUGCGUGUGCCUCUGCAGAUCGUGCCGCGGCGCACUUCGCCGUCGAGCGGAAAUCCUCUGCACACUCCAGAGAAUCGUCGCAGAUGUGGCCUGCGUCUGCCAGCAGACCGGAGGAGACGGCCCGCGAAGAAGGUGCGACAGUGAGAACAAGAGGAGACGCGGAGAGACGGGCGUGUGCGCAGAAAGCGCCGCACGCCCCGCUGCAGACGUCGGGCAGCACGUGAGCGACGCGCGAGAUCCACGGCAGGCCCGCGCGUGGCCUCAGCCAGGGGUUGGAGGAGGCGAGGGAGAGGACCGCCGAGCCCUUGCGGCGUGUCCGCAGCGGUCGCAGCCCCCCGCCGACGGCCUCGGCGGGGGAGGUCCCGGUGGGGGUGGGACGGCUGCUGGGUUGCCUCCGCGUAGCUCCGUUGCGGCGACCGUGGACGCGGCGGUGGAGGAGCUGUUUCGGCACGGCGGUCUUUUCGUCGCGCAGGCUGCCUUCCAGAAGCUUUUGCUUCAUCACCGCAGGAUGGUUCAGACGGUGCUGCGUGCACUGGGAUCGCAGAUUCGCCAGGAGCUCCUCCGCACGACCGGCGUCGACUUCUUCCGCCGCGUCCUGUCGCCUCUCUUGGAGGCUUCCAAGUCGCACCGCGAGGGCGGCCUGGACGAGGCGAGGCACAGCCGACGUGCAGGGGCCGAGAGCGGGCUGGCGGGGCUCAAGAGACGCCGAGUCGGCCCCACGGCCUUUAUGGCGGCGGCAGGCGCAGCGGAGGUAGGACGACGCCACGCGCCGGAACGGAAGGGCGAGCAGCUACAUGGUCUGUUUCGCUUUUCAGAUGGCGAGAAAAAAGAUCUGGGUGCGCUGCUGCAGCGCUGCUUCCACGGGCUAGCCAUGCCAGCUGUGUCGACGCUCCUCCACUCGCUGGGCGGGGUGCGCGGCGACGGCGAAUGCAGUCGGGAAGGCCUCGAAGACGACCCUGGAGGCGAGGCGGAGGCAGAGACAUCUGAGCGAUGGGAGCAAAGCCUGAACUCGCUCGCCAGCAUGGAGACCCUCUACGCGACUCGCACAUCAUUCCUCUUGCUCGUCAACCGCUUCCAUCGCCUGCUGGAGCACCCGGAUCUUCCGCUGCUGCAUACGCUGUACGUCCAACGCGUUCAGACUGCGCGAGCCAUGUGGCCUCCAGCCACCGGGCCCCCCUCGCCGCACGCGACGGAUCCUGCCGCAGAGCCUGCUUGUCCUUCUUCGCCGCAGCCAGGGGACGCGUCGCCGGGGCCUCGGGCCUUGGCUCCGCCAUCCCCUGCGGCGCCUGCAUCGGCCUCUGCGACGAACUCGCUCGACGCAGGAAUCUCUCAAGAAGAAGCGCGAGCGCCGGCGACGUGGCCUGCGGAAGGCAAGAACGGAAGUGGCGCUCGCCCGUGCACUCAGGAGGAAAGACGUCGAGGCGGGGAAGGGCGACCAGAGAGCGAAGGGGGGGCCCUCGGGUUGGGAUCCGCGCGCGCCGUGGGCGCCGGAGCGCCCGCCGAGACAGGCCUGUGGACUGAGACGAGGAAGGACGACAUCGAGCUCGUGUGCUGCUGGAGGAUUCUCGAGUGUCUGUGCACAUUUUUGUUCGAUGGCAGAAGCAGGAGGCCGAUUCGCUGUUACCGAAAAACUCUUGCUACGCGUCAGUUCGUGGACCACCUGUACCGCCUGGCUCAGGACCCCACAGCGGAGACAGCUCUCUGUUGUCACUUCUCGCCGCUUGUGGCCUGCCCCCGAGACGCUCUCCACGCGUGGCCUCGAUGA